UAAGCAAAAGUUACAAUAAUUCUUCUCCUAAAACCAAGAAAACUUUCACUCACACUGGAAAGUUUUCAAAAUCAAAUUCAGCUGUUUGUGCAUUUUGUGAGAAGAAUCAUUCUCUCUCAAAGUGUUUUAAAUUCCUCGCCUUAACAUUGAUCGCUAAAAAUAAAUUUCUUGCAGAUAAAAAUAUCUGUCGCAAUUGUUUUGUAUCCGGUCACGAUGCAAACAAUUGCAAAUCUUUCUUUCGAUGCAUAACAUGCAAACAACCUCAUCAUACAGUGCUUCAUUCAGAUGAACCUGUGACUCAAACUAAAAAUCUAAAUCUGUCCAAUCAAGUCACUUCUCAUAGUGCACAAUCUUUUAAUUCUGUUCUACUUUACACAAUUAGACUUUGCAUUAUCACACAACGUGGUAAAUUCACUAUACGUGCUCUACUAGACCCUGGAUCUCAGGGAAGUCUAAUUUCAGAAUCAACAGUUCAACUUUUAGGCCUUGAAAAAAACCAGAUCACAUUGUAAAGUGAUUGGUAUAGGAAAUGGUGGUGAAAACUUAUCUAAAUUUUCGGUGAAUCUUGACUUGUUCACACGAAAACAAGAGUUAGUACUUUCAUGUACUGCUCUUGUACUUUCUUCUCUUUCUUCAUAUACACCAAAUCCUUCAUCUAAACAUAUUUCUUUGCCUAAUAUUGAACUAGAAAACUUAGCUGAUCCUUAUUACUACAAAUCUGACCCAAUAGACUUAAUUCUAGGAUCAGAUAUCUGUUCUAAAAUCAAAAUUCCUACAGAGUCAUUCAUCCAUAAUGAUCUUUUCUUCCAAAAUACAACUUUUGGAUGGGUAUUUUCUGGACCCACUGAAUCUAUAUCUACAAAUAGAAUCCAUAUUCACAAUGUGAACUUGGAAAAUAUUCUAAAAUCCUUUUGGGAACAAGAGGAAGUUAUUUCUAAAAGAAAACUUACCAGUGAAGAACUGGAAUGUGAGAAAUACUUCCAAUCUACUACAAAUCGAACCGAAAAUGGUCGAUAUAUGGUAAAUUUACCAUUUAAAUCUUUACUAAAAUCCAAUUCUGACCCUACACUUAACAAUAAUGUCACUAAUGCCUUUAGGCGUCUUAAACAAAUUGAAAUUUCUUUCACUAAAAGACCCAGUUUUAGUGACACAUACAAAGCUUUUAUGCAAGAGUAUGAAUCCUUAGGACACAUGACUAAAAUAGGGACUUAUCCUACUGACGUUCGUCCAAAUUCUUAUUUUCUGCCUCAUCAUGGCGUUUUUAAGGAAAGUAGUUCUACUACAAAAUUGAGAGUUGUUUUUGAUGGCAGUAGCCAUCUAGCUGAUUAUAAAUCUCUCAACGAAGAACUUUCUCCUGGACCUCCUCUGCAAAAUGAUCUUUCUGGUAUUAUGACCAAAUGGCGAAGACACAAAAUAGCCUUCAGUGCAGACAUUGAAAAAAUUUUUCGCCAAAUACAAUGGAAUACAGAAACUGACUCCUUUUCUUUCAAAGUUAAUCUCGAAGAAAAACCUUAUUUUUCAAAACGAGAAAUUCUGUCUGAAUCUGCCAGAUUGUUUGACCCAUUAGGUUGGCUUACACCAACAACUGUUGUAGCCAAAUCUAUAUUCAAACAGCUUUGGGAACAUGGCGUCGAUUGGGAUGAAAAAAUUCCUCAACAAUUAGAGUCUCAAUGGCUAAACCACAGAUCUUCUUUGCCAAAUUUUUCUAAACUAUCCAUUCCAAGAUGGAUUGAAUGGUUGCCAAAUUGUGAGACUCAACUUCAUUGUUUUUGUGACGCAUCAACUAUUGCCUACGCUGCUGUCGUUUAUGCACGCAUUAUAACCCCUAAUGGCAUAUUUGUCAAUAUUUUACAAGCUAAAUCUAAAGUGUCACCCAUAAAAACUGUAUCUAUACCAAGACUUGAACUUUGUGCUGCGACUCUUGGCGUAAAAUUGACUCAAACAGUCAAAGAUUCACUUACUGAUCUAAAUGUCCAAAAUAUAUAUUACUGGAGUGAUAGCUCCACUGUACUUAGUUGGAUUCGUAAAUCCCCAUCUAAUUGGACAGUUUAUGUCGCCAAUAGAGUCGCUGAUAUUCAACGACUAAGUAAUCCUAUACAAUGGAAAUAUGUUCCAACUUCACUUAAUCCUGCUGAUUGCGCAUCUAGGGGAAUUCUGGCUGAAGAAUUGAUUGAAAAACAAUCAUGGUGGUUUGGACCACAAUUUCUUUAUGAAACUGAAAAAUCUUGGCCAGGAAUUCUUCCAAAUUUACAUAUCUCUGAAGAGGAAAGAAAAUCUAAAAUAUCAACUAAUUUGUCCACUGAAAAAAUAUACAUUGAACUAUUUUCUAAAUACUCAAAAUUACAAACUUUAGUAAGAGUCGUUUCAUAUUGUCUGAGAUUUCUUGAAAAUUGCAGAAAUGCAAAAUAUAAAAACUUAAAACCCUUGACUCUUGCAGAAUUUAACAAAUCUUUAUCUGUUCUGGCUAAAAUUUCCCAAAAGGUUGACUUUCCUGAGGAAAUUUCUAAACUUACCACAAAACGAGACAUUAAAACAAGUCCCAUUCUAAAACUAAUGCCAUUUCUAGAUGAAGAUGGGAUUCUUCGUGUAGGAGGACGCCUUCAAAAUUCUAACUUCCCGUAUGACGUCAAACAUCCAAUUAUCUUGUCAAAACACAAUCCUUUGGCUCAACUCUUAAUUUCUGACGCACAUGAAAAAACUUUACAUGGCGGUGUUACAUUAACUAUGUCUUUUGUAAACCGCAAAUUUUGGAUUGUAUCUGGAAAUCAACUUGCAAAACGCAUAAUUCAUAAAUGUAUAAAAUGCUUCCGAUACAAUGCAAAAACUGCUCAGCAAAUAAUGGGCAAUUUACCAAAAGUGCGUUUAACAAUUUCUAGACCUUUUAAACAUAGUGGCGUCGACUAUGCAGGACCCAUUUCUAUCAAAAAUUCUAAUCUCAGAUCUUCUUCUAUAACUAAAGGCUACAUAUGCGUAUUUGUAUGCAUGGUUACAAAAGCCAUACACUUAGAGGCAGUUUCUAAUCUAACAACAAAUGCUUUUCUUGCUGCCUUUAAGCGUUUCACUUCUAGAAGAGGCAUUUGUACUGAUUUAUAUUCUGAUUGUGGCACAAAUUUUGUUGGUGCAUCAAAAGAAUUAAAAGUCUUGCAUAACAAAAAUAAAAAUUCCAUAUCCGAAGACCUUCUUCACUCUUUAAGCCAAAAUUCAACUACUUGGCACUUUAUCCCACCAGCUUCGCCCAACUUUGGUGGCCUUUGGGAAGCAGGUGUAAAAUCUGUUAAAUAUUAUUUGAAAAGAAUCACAAAUGAUAGAAAUCUUACCUUCGAAGAAUUAACUACACUAUUAUGCCAAAUUGAAAGUUGCUUGAAUUCUAGGCCACUUUGUCCUCUCUCUAAUGACCCUUCAGAUUUUGAUGCGCUUACUCCAGCGCAUUUUCUUAUAGGUGAGCCUACCAAUUGCUUACAAGAAGAAACACUUUUGGAUUCUAAUAUCAAUAACCUAACCCAUUGGAAAACUAUUGAAAAAAUAAAGCAACAUUUUUGGAAAAGAUGGCAAAACGAAUAACUAAAUCGCCUUCAAACUCGUCCAAAAUGGCUUAAAACUUCAACGGAUCCUAAAAUUGGAGAUUUGGUACUAGUCACUGAUGAAAGAUGUGGACCUGGACAAUGGAUACUUGGCCGUAUUGAAAAUACGCAUCCAGGACCUGAUGGACAUACAAGGGUGGUAUAUGUUCUUAUGAAAAACAAACUUGUUAAACGUCCAAUUUCUAAAAUCUGUUUACUUCCAGAUAACUCACCUCAUUCCGACCCUGAUAUGGACAAUCCGAAAACUCAACUUUAAACUUUACAUGGAUAUAGUUCUGUCGGAUGUGUGGUUGCUAUUAUGAUGGCUACACUAACACGCUGUGAGUCGGAGCAUAGCGGAGGUUACUACCUCGACUAAAAUUCUCCCAUCGGUAGUUCAUCAUAGCAUAGUAACCCGCAUUCAAGAACAUUCGUCCUUCAGGGGGGAGAAUGUUGAUGAAAACUUUCAUUUCACCAACACACUACAAGCAUCACCACCCAUCAAUGGCACAAAAACAACAUAAACACACUCAUCACUUAAAACUAAUUUCUCCACAAACUUCAUCU